AUGGCCGGAAUCGCAAAAGCGGCUGCCGGACUGGCGGCCAUUGCCUACCUCGACGCCAAGCAUGGCAUCGGCGCCGACAUCAGCCUCGGCCGCGCCGCCAACAAGGCAGAGUGGGUCCACCGCUUCCGCGUCUGGCGCAAAAAGGUCUCGCUCUACUACUACUUUGACCACCACGUCCAAAAGAGGCCCGACAGCAUCGCCUACGUCUACAACGGCGUCGACUACAGCUGGAGGCAGGUCAGCAAGGACGUCCACCGGCUGGCCAACUACAUCCUCAGCCAGGGCAUCAAGCCCGGCGACCGCAUCGCCAUCUUCAUGGGCAACUCGGUCGCCCUUGUCGAGUGGUGGCUCGCCUGCAUGGCCGUCAAUGUGACGCCCGCCUUCAUCAACAACGGCCUCACCGACAAGAGCCUGGUGCACUGCAUCAAGGUUAGCCGCGCGCCCCUGGUCGUGUUUGAGCCUGAGCUCACCCCGUCGCUCGCCGCCAUCAAGGACGAGUUGCUCAGCCAGACGUCGGUCCGCAAGUUCCUCCGCUACGACGACGGCGUCACGCCGCCCAACGGCGACGGCGAAAAGGGCGCUGCCACGGGCGCCGAGCUCGCGCUCGACAACGUCGUCGACUUUGGGCCCGCCGACCUGGCAAAGUACAGCGACAAGCGCAUCCCCGACAGCUACCGCGACGCCGUCGACGAGUCGACGCCGGCGGCCCUCAUCUAUACGAGCGGCACCACCGGCCUGCCCAAGGCGGCGCUGUGCUCCCACGGCCGCAUGGGCAGCGCCGUCGUCGUGUGGCCCACCAUGAACGGUUUCGGCCUCAAGGACCGCAUCUACACGCCCAUGCCCCUCUAUCACUCGAGCGCCCUCUUCCUCUGCGUCGGCGCGUCGUUCUACUCUGGCAGCACCGUCAUCAUCGGCCGCAAGUUUUCGGCGCGCAAGUACUGGGAGGAGGUGCGCCGCUACGACGCCACCGUCGUGCAGUACAUUGGCGAGAUCGCGCGCUACCUGCUGGCGGUGCCGCCGAGCCCCGAGGACAAGAACCACCGCGUCAGGAUGGCCUACGGCAACGGCAUGCGGCCCGACGUCUGGGAAAAGUUCCGGGAGCGCUUUGGUGUCCGCGUCAUCUCCGAAUUCUUUGCGGCGUCCGAGGGCAACGGCGGCCUGCUCAACUACAACAGCGGUCCCUUUGGCGCCGGCGCCGUGGGACGCAUGGGCAAGCUGGCGAGGCGGGUGCGGCCGGACUUCAAGAUUGUGCGCGUCGACCCCAUCACCGAGGACAUCUACCGCGACCCCAGCACGGGCCUCUGCGUCGAGUGCGGGCCGCUCGAGCCGGGCGAGUUUAUCAUGCGGAUCGGCGACCGCUCCAUCUCCAAGUUCCAAGGCUACGCCGACAACCCGGAGGCCACCAAGAAGAAGAUCCUCAAUGACGCGCUCGUCAAGGGCGACCAGUGGUUCCGCUCGGGCGACCUCAUGUCCAAGGACGAGGACGGCUUCUACUUCUUUGGCGACCGCCUCGGCGACACGUUCCGAUGGCGCUCCGAGAACGUCAGCACGACAGAGGUCAGCGCCGCGCUGGGACAGGUGGUGGGAGAGGCCAACGUCUACGGCGUGCUGGUGCCGGGCCACGACGGCCGUGCCGGCUGCGCGGCGAUCCCCGCCGACGAGGCGGCCAAGGUCGACUUCCGGCAGCUGGCCACCGUGGCGCGCAAGUCGCUGCCCAAGUACGCCGUGCCGCUCUUCCUGCGCAUCGUGCCGCAGAUGGAGCAGACGGGCACCGUCAAGCAGCAAAAGGUGUCGCUGCGCAACCAGGGCAUCCACCACGACAAGUGCGGGUCCGACAAGCUCUACUGGCUGCCGCCCAACGCCGAAGGCUACGUGCCCUUCCUGCCCGAGCACUUUAAGCAGAUCGAGGGCGGUCGCGUCAAGCUGUGA